AUGGCUUCAUUUGUGUCUUAUUCAAACUUUCCCUCCAUUCAUAUUCCUUCGGGAAGUAUUGCGGGUCCAUACCACCAAAGAUCUGGUUCUAUGAACCCAGUAAUGGGAUCAAAUAUGAACGGCUAUCCUUUACCAGGAAGCAACCACCCUGCUUUCACUCCACAACCACAUCAACUUGACUCCAUGUACCAGCCUGGUCAUCAUCAAUCAACCUCAUUUUAUUUACCUCCUCCAGGUUUUUCAUACAUGCAACCUCCACCACCACCUAUGGCAGCACCUCAGCUUCCAGUUCCUGCUCCUCUCAUGGGUCACGGGCAAAUUCAACCUGGUAUGCCUAGCCAAGCAAUGAUAAUGAACCAACAACCUGUUGCUAUGCAACCUCCUGCUAAUCACGUCAGUGAGGAUACCGAACAGGUUGUUAAUGGCGGUGUUUGCGAGAUCUUGGAUUAUGAGAUAAGCAUAAUGUCGGAGUUUGUUACUAAAAAUGCUUGUUUAUCAUUUGGCAGCUUUGAUGUCCCUCAAGAUGUUAUGGAUUUAUUCACUAACAGUAUUUCAUCUGUUUUGGGAUCCACCAGGUUACCUUCUGCCACAAUAUUUUUGUCAUUGGACUAUUUGAUCAAGUACCUUGAUCUAAUUGGAUGUAAUUUCCAGUCUAUUGGCGGCAACUCCAUUGACAUUAUAUAUCAGAACUUGGUGGUCGCUUUUGUAUUAGCAAACAAAUUCAAUGACGACAAGACGUUUACUAAUAAAUCGUGGGCUCAAGCAACUGGUAUGGAUUUAAUGACAAUUAAUCAGUACGAAAAGAACUGGUUAAAGAUGUUUGGUUGGAGAUUGUUCGAGGACAAGUUUGAGGCAUAUGACUCUUUCUCAGAAUCAUACAAUGCUUUUGUGAGAGAGCAUACGCUAUCUUUGUAUCAUCAACAACAACAGCAGCAGCAACAGCAGCAACAGCAGCAACACUUGCCUCAGUCUCCCGUUCCAACUCAUCGCCGUCAAUAUUCCUCUGCCUCUUCUAUGGCGUAUGGUUAUCAGACUCCAAAUUGUGGACAUUCUUCUAUGAAUUACUCCUCUCCAGUAUAUUCUGACUUGAGAAAUGAUUCGUAUAACAGUGUCUAUGAAAAACAAUUUGAGUAUUCUUUAUCUACUCAGUUCAGUCCUCUGCCAAAAAACUUUGAUAAUCCGAACUAUAAUGAACAUCAUCAACAGUCUUUUUGGAAUGAACAUCAUCAACAACAACUAAACCGAAACUAUUACUGUUUUUCAGCUUAUUGA